UCUGAUUGGAUGAGAUUGGAUGAGAGAGAAAGCCAGUAACAUUUUGACACACACUCUUCAUCUGCGAUAAAUGUAUGUACAGACUUUUAGAGACACACGUACUGAGGGUUUCCCCACACCUGGGCAGAGGCACCAGAGAGGUUCCCACGGAAACACAGACAUGAGGAUGCACAGACUUCUGUCCCUGGCUCUGCUGGCCCUGCUGCUGUGGGCUUCCUACGUCCAGGCCGAUGACUCCCAGGAGAGCGCCGACAAAGACGCAGAGCCACAGGAAGACUCAUCCGAUGAAACCGCUGAGGACACCUCAGAAGAGGAAACUGAUGAGACACCAAAGAAGGAAAAAACAACAGAGAUAGAAGAAGAGAAAGACGUCAUGGUUCUCCACAUCAACAACUUCGAUAGGGCUCUCGGGGAGAAUAAAUAUCUACUGGUGGAAUUUUAUGCCCCCUGGUGUGGUCACUGCCGGGAGCUGGAGCCAGUUUAUGCCGAGGCUGCUGAGAAGCUGAAGAAAGAGGACCCUGUGAUGCGUUUGGCCAAAGUGGACGCUAUCGAGGAGAAGGAGCUGGCUGAUGAGUUUGACGUUGGAAGCUUCCCCACUCUGAAGUUUUUCAUCGAUGGAGACCGCAAGCAGGCUAUAGACUACUCUGGUAAGAGGUCAGUGGAGGGAAUAAUCCAGUGGAUGAAGCGGCGCGCAGGUCCAGGCGCACUGGACAUCGACACAGCAGACUCUGCAGCUGAGUUCAUCAAGGCCCAUAACAUCUCUGUUAUAGGUUUCUUUGAUAGUCUGGAAAGCGAGGCAGCCAAGGCGCUGAGGGAAGUUGCUUUUGAUUUGCCCGACACAGAGUUCGCAGUCACUGAAGCUCCAGACGUUUUCCAAAGCUAUGAAGUGAAGGGAAAUACAGUGGUGCUCUUCAAAAAGUUUGAUGACGGCAGAGCAGACUUCGUGUUGUCAGAAGAUGGAAAACUGGACAAGCACAACCUGACUUCCUUCAUUAAGGAAAACAGCCUGGAGCUGAUUGUGCCAUUCAGCCACGAGUCAGCAGACAAGAUUUUUAACUCUCGCAUCAGGCUGCACAGUCUGCUGUUCAUCAACUCCACUGUUACGAGCCACAUGAACCUGAUUGAUGAGUCCAAGGCUGUAGCCAAAGAGUUCAAAGGAAAGAUACUAUUCGUAAAGAUUGACAUGACAUCGGCCCUGUCCCAUGUACUAAAAUACUUUGGCGUGUCGGAGAGUGAUGCCCCCACUGUUCGCAUCAUUAACAUGGAGACACAGAAGAAGUUCAAAAUUGACUCUGAAGAAGUCACUGUUGAUUUAUUGAGACAGUUGUGUCAGGAGGUUGUGGACGGCACUGCAAAGGCAUACUAUCGGUCUGAGGAGAUCCCAGAGGACUGGGACAAAGAACCAGUCAAAGUCCUGGUGGGCAAGAACUUUGAAUCAGUAGCCCUGGAUGAGACUAAAAAUGUCUUUGUGGAAUUUUAUGCUCCCUGGUGUGGACACUGUAAAGAACUUACUCCCAUCUGGGAGCAACUUGGUGAGAAAUACUCUGACCGGGAGGACGUCAUCAUAGCCAAGAUGGAUGCCACAGCCAACGAAUUGGAGUCUGUUGCAAUUGAUGGAUUUCCAACUCUCAAAUAUUUCCCAGCCGGUGGCAAAGAGGUGAUAAACUACACUGGAAAAAGGGAUCUAGAGACAUUUUCCAAGUUUCUGGAUAACGGAGGAGUUUUGCCAGAAGAGGAAAGUCAUGAGAACGAGGAUGAUGAUGACGAAGGAGAUGAUGGUGAUAAAGGUCCUGACACUAAGGAAGGAGACAACACUGGUGAACAGAGCCAGGAGACAGAUGAGUCAGAAGAGUUGUGCUUCCUCUUUCUUCCUUUCCAGAUGGAACCCCCCCCGUAUGAUGUGGCCAGCGGCUUCCCUCCGCCUCAUGAAACAGUGGAAUCGGACUUUUCCCCUCCCCCCGCCUACAACACUUCCUCACCAUGUCCCUCAACUCCUCCACCCUCCUAUGUAGAUGCAACCCAGCAGGAUCCUUUUCCUGUCCUGACUCCUCCAUUUGUGCCCCCCGUUGUGACCCAACCACCCCACAGCUCUGAAGUCAUAUACCAUUCAAUCACGCAAGUUGGCAGCAGCAGUGGACGAACUCAAACAUUAGCAGUCGUAUCUCAGCCACAGGGCGUCCCCAUCCAAGUGCAGUGUCUGAGAGAGAUCCCUGGUUAUGUCCGUUGUACACAAUGCCAGCGUCUGGUCACCACUAAAAUCGAACAUGUGCCUGGAUCGGCGGCUUGGUGUACAUGUGCUCUUCUCGCACUAAUGGGGUUGAUCUGUGGGUUUUGUCUGAUUCCAUUAAUGAUGACUCGACUGCAAGACCCUAACCGACAGGGAGACGAGACGCCGCUGGAGAAAGAUGCCGUUUUACAACUGGAAAAGGGAAAUUUCGACAGGGCACUAAGAAAACACAAGCAGUUGCUGGUGCAUUUCUUGACUCCUCUGACGGUGGAAGGUCACCGUGUAUCGGCUGCAUUCGAAGAGGCUGCUGCAAAGCUCCAGGGGUCAGAGGUCAAACUAGGAGUGCUUGAUGUGACAAAGGAGAAAGAUUUGGCUAAAGAGCUCAAUGUGACGGGCCAUCCCACAAUCAGACUCUACCUCUCUGGAGAUAAAUACAACCCUGUGUCCUGUCCCGUUCCUCGGAGCUCGGAUUCGAUCUUGACCUGGCUGAAAAGGAGGGAGGGGUCAGCAGCUGACCUAGUCACCGAUCUCAGCCAAUCAGAUGCAUCAGAUGAGCUGACAGUGGUUGGAUUCUUUAAGAAGCUGAACCACGAGUACGUCCAGGUGUUUUAUGCGGCAGCCAUCGACCUUCCAGACAUCCACUUUGUUGUGACUCAGGAUGAUGAAAUCAUCAGCAAAUAUGGUGUCACACAUGAUGUUGUUCUACUGCUCAGAGAGUCUAAACUCAUCAAGACUUACAAAAUGACGCCUCAGACAGCAAAAGAGGAGCUUGUUGUCUUAAUUUCUGUGUACCAAAUGGACCCAGUCACUGAGUACAAUGGACAGACUGCCUCGCAAAUCUUGAGUUCACCGGUGAUGAAUCAUGCCCUCCUAUUUGUCAACAAACGCUCUGCUGAUUUUCAAGAGCUUUUCUCUGCCUUAAGCAGCGCUGGGGAGGCAUUCAGGAUGAAGAUUUUGUUCGUGUUGGUGAAUGUGGAUGAACCCCGUAAUGGCAGACUCCUGGAGUACUUCCAAGUUCGGGACUUUGAGGCUCCUCUCAUUCGGCUGGUCAAUCUGACAGAUCAUGUGACCUACCACCUGCCCUCCGACACACUGGAUGUAGAAACCAUUAAACACUUCUGCCAGUCCUACCUAGAAGGCACGGCUAAGCCCAAACUGCAGAGUGAGCCCAUACCUGAAGCAUGGGAUCAACAGCCAGUGAAGGAGCUGGUGGGAAUGAACCUGGAAGAAGUUGUGUUCAACCCCAACAAGACUGUUUUUGUCCUGUUCUAUCUGUCUUACAGUCAGAAGUCUCGCGAUGUGUUCCUGCUGUGGGAGGAACUGGCAGAGGCCUUCAAAGAGCAGGACAACGUGGUCAUAGCUAAGAUUGAUGCCUCAGGCAAUGACAUCGGCUUCUCCACUCAGGAAGCCUAUCCAUCACUCUGCCUGUUUCCUGCUUUGUAUUCUGAGCGGAUGGUGGUUUACAAAGGGAAAAGAAAGUUGAAGGAUCUGAUGAAAUUCAUGGACAAAGAAAUGAAGAAAGCCAAAACAGACAGAAUUAAGGAGGAUGAAGACAGGAAGAAGUACAUUGAGGCUUUAAAAGCCGAGGAGGCAGAAAAAGAUGAGAAAGGCAAAGAUGAGCUUUGAAGCAGGAGCCAAAGACAGAAGUGUGUGUUUGUGUGUUUCUAACCGAGCUGUCCAUAACUGUCUUGCUGAUGAAAUCAAGUAAAGACUUCAGUUACAAACUCUGAUGGCCAUUUCAUGUCAGAUCUUGUUAUUAUGCUCUCUUUAUGUUUGUUUAAACAAGUUCUAUACAGAAAUUCAGAUCAGAGAUCUUGUCCACCAAACUGAACUUUUAUUUACAAGCUGUCCUGCUACAUGAGAAUAAACUGGGGAUAUUGUGAGUUUAGCCAAGAUGCAGAACAAUGUCAAAUCUCAACACAGAGGUUUUCAUCCACUGUCCUAUUAAUUUAAAACUUAACAUAUCUACUGACAUUGCCACCGGAGUGGAUACCCCUGAAUACUUUGGAAUAAAUUAAAAACCUGUUUUUAUUUGAAACCCUUGGUCACAACUAAUGUAAAAGAUGUAUAUCAGUCUGACGUAAUGAUGACUAAAGAUUAAAUACUUAUCAGGUCAUGG